AUGUUCCGCGACAGCAGCCACUACGAGUCGUACGAGGAGGACGAGGACGGGGUGACGGACCGCGCCCACUACCUGAGGUGGCCGCUGAGCGGCAGCCCCGAGGCCGAGCCCCCCGGGCGCCCCGAGGCCCAGCUCUGCGGCUUCCUCUGGAGGAAGCGCUGGCUGGGACAGUGGGCGAAGCAGCUCUUCAUCGUCCGGGAGCACGUGCUGCUGUGCUUCAGGUGUGCCGCCGACCUGCAGCCGGUGCUGGAGCUGGACCUGCGGGGCUGCCGCGUCACCUACAAGGACAAGCGAGGCAAGAAGAUGCCGCACGCCCUGAAGGUGACGGGCACGGCGGGAGAGGUGCUGGUCAUCGGCUUCCAGAGCCGGCAGCAGGCUGAGGACUGGAGGAAGGUGAUCGAGGAGGUCAGCAGCGAUGCCCCUGGAGGGCUGGCAGCCCUCAGCGCCCCAGCAUCCCCUUCCUCGAGGCUCAGCAGGUCUCAGCCUGCUGGCCCCCAGCUUGGCAGGGAGGAAGAGGAGGAGGAGGAGGAGCAGAGCCCUGCCUGCAGCCCACGGCCCGGCGAGGAUGCCAAAGGAGGGUUCCUGGCAGUGCGGCUGCGGGGCCGCUGGCAGCAGCUCUGGUGCGCCGUGCGCCGGGGAGCCCUGCGGAUGUUCCCGGAGCCCGGCGCUGCCCAGCGCCCCGUCUGCGCCCUGCGCCUCGACGGCUGCGACGUCUCCCCCGGCGGGGCGGCCGCCGGAUCCCCCCGAAACCUCCGCAUCCGCAUCGCCCAGCGGGGCCGGGAGCUCGCCCUGCUGCAGGCCCGGUCUGAUGAGGAGAGGGAAGCCUGGCUGAAGACCCUGCGGGCCAGGGGAGGAGGGGAGCCGGCGGGUGACGGACCCCACAGCAAACCCCCCAGGCCUGGUGAUGCCAGCAACUGCCCUGCUGCCGGCGGGCUGAUGCUGCGCCACGUCCCAACCCCCAACACCUACAUGGACGACCCCUUUGGGCAGCCCCUACCAGCUGAGACCCCCAAGCACCUCUACUCCAACGCAGAGCGGCUGCAGCAGCUGGUAACCUGCUCACAGCACCCCCGGGGUGGGGGGACGGGUUCCCACCGUCCUCUUGCCCGUGGGAUUCUCCUGGAUUUCCUCCCACAGCAGCAGAGCUUGGACCGGGCAGUGCAAGGGCAGCGCAGGAGACCCGUGUCUGCUCUGCCCACCUGCACCAGCAGCAACGCCCCGGGCAGUGCCCGGCCCUCAAAGGCAGCACCCCCACCAGCUCUCCGGGCCAGGGCUCCCAGCCCACAGCAGGCAAAGGAGAAGCCCAAACUCCAGAGCAGGGAUCUUUCCCACUCCCAGCACACCCUGACACUGCCCGAGAGGAAGGGGACUCGGGAUGGGCUGGACAUCCUCAUUGGGAAGAGAGCCUUUCCCAAGCUGGAGGAGAAGGUGGGACAGCUGGAGAGGGCCUGCCGUGUGAAGGGCAGGCUGAAAGCCGGCUCCGAGAUGAACCUCCUGGCCAUCGGGAAGUCGCUGAAGGGCCACAUCGCUGCCACCGCCAGCUCGGCCGGCUCCGAGGGAUCAUUCCUCAGGCCGCUGCUGAAACGCACCACGUCGGCCAGGAGCGCCCUGAAGCCACCCCCAUCACCCGUCAUCGUGCAGAAGGGAAACGUGAGGCAGAAGAGGAAGGAGUGGGAGAUGAAGUCUGCGAUGUGACCGCCCGCCUGCAGAUGGACCUGCUGGAGCGGGAGUCUCCCAGCUGCGCGUGGAUCGCGCAGGACCAGCCUGGAUUCAGCCUGGAAUCUCAUCUUUAUCCGUCCAGUAUCAACGCUACCACUACGCACAUCUA